AUGCAUCCACCGCAGCAGUGCGUUAGCAACCACCAGCAUCACGACCACAGCUGGUAUCAUCUCUCAGUGGCCCAUCAGCAAUCGCGGACAUGCCUGGCGCGCGCGCAGCGCGGUCGCGGCGCCGGCCGCGCCAUGUCAGCUUGGGCCUGGCCUGGCCCACUGUCCUGGCGCGAUGGCAGCGCCAAGCAGGGUCAAGAUCCUUCAACACGGUCCCCAUCGCCCUCAUCUUCCGCGAGGGUCCCUCCCCCGCCGCAGCCAGUCACAGCCGGCCAGCGAGGGGAAAGCUUAAACGGCGGAGGAACAGCAGAACCCAUUGGCGACACCCACGCUGGCGGCACUGGUACAAUCACCGCAACUAACACCAGCGGGAACUCGGGGGAUCGGCAGCCCACUGCCACUCAGCCAGCUGCGGGGCCCAACCCGCAGCCCCGCCUGCCACCGCGGCAGCCGCAGCUGCAGGCUUCAGGUGCGGACACAGUGAUCACCUUCGCAUACGGCGCCAACAUGAACUUCCUGACACUAGCCAGGAGGGAGGUUCGAGUGCUCAGUCGUGACCCGGCCUUCGUGGUAGACCCCUCCAUACGGCUGAUGUUCAAGCAUCAGGGGGGGUAUGCGACUCUGGAGAGAGCAGAGGAGGGCGGGAAGACCGCAGAGGGGAAGGAGGAGCCUCGCUUCCGGCCGUACGACGGUCGGGUUCACGGUGUGCUGUACCGGGUGACGCGGGCGGACUUUGAGAAGCUCGCCAAGCGGGAGGGUGGCUACAUCGUACAGGAGGUGCAGGUCCAGACGUACGACGGCUCACAGUACACGGCCCUCGCCUUCGUCUCCAACCCCCUGUUCAAGCUGCCCGCGGAGGUGCUCCCCGCGGAGAAGUACCUGGCUCGAGUGCGGGAGGGGGCCCGGGACAACUACCUGGACCCGGCGUACCAGGCCUUCCUCUCGGGGAUCAGCACUGUGCCCGGGGCGGGUCUGGGCUCCGAGUACUACAACACACCCUCCAAGUACAUGGGCUACUCGUUUCUAGUGGUGGUGGCGCUCAUUACCCUGGCCUUCUUUUUCCAACAUUGA